CUGGUGGUUGGAUCAGGAUGGUGUCUCGGUUAGAGCUUCAGACUCUGGUGGUUGGCAUAAACUGGUUUGGGAUGACAGUAUGGACUUUAAUAACUGGACACCGGUUCCUAGUGGGAGGGGGUGAGGUAAAAUAAACGUAAGGCAGGAUAGGGAUGUAAGGGUGUCUGCUAGUCAGGACUAUAAAAGAAGUCUGGAGGAGAAUUAUAAUUCAUAAGAAAGUGACUGGGUUGCUUGUAGGAAGGUGGAGAGGGAAGAAUUUAAAAUAAUACUUAAGUUCAAGGAGGAAGACGAACUGAGGCUGAUAAUAAUGUCUAGGGAGCUGAAGAAAAAGGGGAAAAAAGGCUAGGAGAAGUGGAAAUAGCCAAGAUUCUUCGAGAUGGGAACCUGUUGGUAAAAUGCAGAAAUGGAGAACAGGGAAAUAAAGCGUUGCAUAUUGAAAGUAUUUGCAAAAAGGCAAUAUGUGAAAGAAGAGUUCUGGGUGAGGAUAAAGUGAUUUGUGGCAUUCCCAAUCAUGAAGAUCUGCAGGAAAUAAAGUAAAGCAUUCAAGAAGUUUGCUCAGCGGGGAUAUUAAAGAGAGCGGAUGUAAAUGUAUCACUCGGAGAGGACGCGACGUUCUCGUGCGAGCUUCCCGGCGCUGUCGGCGUGAAGCAGGUCAUAUGGCAGCAGCACGGAGACGAUGGGAUCCUGCGCAAUAUGGUCACGUUCACCGAGCGCUCUAAACCCCAAGUGGACGAUGCGUUCGUGGGCAAAGUGAAUAUCACCGUGGCGUCAGUCCACACAACGACCAUCGUGAUAAAGAAUGUGACCUUCGAAGAAGAAGCCUGCUAUGUCUGCACCUUCAGUGUCUAUCCGUCCGGGACAGAAAGGGAGACAGCAUGCCUCACUGUGCAAGGUUUAUCAGGAAUAACAUUACAGCUUCCCAAUAAACCAAAGGAGAAGAACACUGUUGUCUCUUGCUCAGCCACUGGGAAACCUAGACCUGUGAUCACUUGGCGGUCUGGAGAGGAACAACUGAGUAAUGACUUAUCAGAGUCUUCCACAGUACAGAAUGAGGACAGUACAGCCACAACAACAAGUAACCUCACAAUUCCACAGUCACAAUACAGUGGAAAAUAUGUGACAUGUGUGGCUAAAAGUGGCAGUAUAGAGAGGACUAAAAACAUCAUUUUGGAGAACCCGAUUGAAAAAGAGCCUCCUGUGGCAUCCAGAUAUUAUACCGUUACUGCUGUUGUCGUGUGCUUUGGUGUUUUCGCUGCCAGUUGUAUUCUUAUUCUUUUUCACCGGAAGAGAAGAAAAGAGAAAAAACACCUUGUUGAUGUUGCCUGAUAUACUUGGACAGUUAAAGUCUUUUGUUUCAGCACUUUAAAUGUAUUCUGGAUAUUAUGCCAUUUAAGGUAGUUAGAAUAACAUUGUGAACAUUGUGAAAUAUUUUGUAUUGCGUGCCACUCUUCAAUUAACUUUGGACUUAAGCACUUUAUACACAGAAAGCACUCAAUGCAUAUUUGUUUACACCUGAUUGUUUUUCUUGUUAAACUAUUGUGUAAAUGUAUUUAAAUCUAAAUUAACUGUAAAUAAAUUAGCAAACUAUGUAUAUGUUUCUUACAUAUAACUAUUUAUUACAAAACCAGUCAGAAGUCACAAGUCAUGAUUUUCAGAUACAUAGUGAAAUACAUUGUGUGGGCUAAAACAGUCAAAUUUUAGAUUUUGGCAUAAUAUCAGGGUAUAAUGUCUACACUUUCAUGUCUGGAAAGGAUGUUGCAGAAAUUCAUACCUUAUGAUGUUUAAAACAUGCUGUUAUUGAGAUCAUGCAUUCAAAUCCUGGUAGAAAUGUGUAAAAAAGAGUGAAAAAUGCCCUGCAGAUUUUGUACAAGUCAUGUAUUUCUGAGACUAACUUUUCAUGUCUGGUAUUAAAGUACAGUGGAGAUUUCCCACUCA